AAAAAAUGGUGAAAAACAAUCUUGGCCGUAGAAAAGUAGAGAUGGUGAAAAUGACCAACGAGACAAACCUUCAAGUGACGUUUUCAAAGAGAAGAUCAGGUCUGUUCAAGAAAGCCAGUGAACUGUGCACCUUGUGUGAUGCUAACAUAGCCAUCCUCUUGUUUUCACCAUCCGGAAAAGUGUUCUCUUUUGGCCAUCCGGAUCUGAGCUUGUUACUUGACAACUCUCCAGAACGUAUCAGCAACAUAGAUCUUGAUCACGGCAGCAGAAACCCCUAUCUCCAAAUGCUCAAUGAUCGCUAUGCUGAGUUGAUGGCUGGGAAAGAAAGAGAACAGAUGAAAAGGGCUAUGAUAGUCCAAAACCAAAGAAGAAACAACGAACCUGACAACUGGUGGAGAAUCUCUACAGAAGAACUCAGCUUUGGUCAAUUGGCUCGUAUGAAACUUGCUCUUGAAGUUUUGAGGAGGAAAGUUGAGGAAACAGCUUCCCAGUUUCAUCAGACAAACGCAAACUACUACAUCGGGAGCUCUGGCACUGCUGCUUCAGAACCAGUCAACGGUGGUAAUGUCUCCACAAACCAGGAGCUGUUUCAUCCAAUUUAUAGUCUCCCGUUUGGAUUCAAUGUUAUGAAUCGCACACCAGCUGGGUACAACCACACCCUGAUCCACCAGAACCUGGAGUUUAAACACCCUCAUCCUUACCAUGGGCCUCGUUACUAUUAGUCUUUCAUGUCUCUCUCGUUGUGUGACUUUUUAAGUCUCCAAUAGAGUGUGUCUUGCGUUGUGUCUUAAUUUCUCUGUUUUGCUUUUGUUUGUCGUUGCUGGUGUUGGACCGACCCCCUCGGUGUCGUAUGACUUUUAUAAGUCUUCGGUCGAUGGUGGCUUGUUUGUCCCCCUUUCGUUAUUUCUUUGGUUUCGAUAUUUCUAUGGAACAAGAGUAUUUCUUUUCUUUACAACUUUAUAUAUGAAGGAUUUUAUUUUACCUGAUAUAAACAGUUGCAUAGAAUAACAAACAUAUUAUUUUUAAUUUA